AUGAUCAAGACCUUGAGUCCUUACUCAAAUCCAGCAAAAACUGCUGAAAUCAUGUCCAGGUACAGACCAAUAGCUCCAAAGCCUGAAACUUCCUCAAAUUCCAUCGAUGAGGACUCUUCUUCUUCCUCCUCUUCCCUCUCCCAGAAGAUCAAGCAAUCUCCUUAUCUCAGGAACCUCUGGCCACAGCUUCAGGCCAGACCCACCAGGACCAGAAAGAGAGGAAGAGCUCCCAUAGCACUACCCUCUUCUCUCAAGAGACAGAAAACAACUCAAAUCCUAGGUUUCUGUCCCCCAUGUCAUGUAACAUCUCCUGUAAAAAACCUUUCUUUUCAGAGUUUUGCUUCUCCUUCCCAGCUUCCUCAACUCCCUCUCACAAAUCAUGGAAUUGGGGUGCUGAAUUGCACCUUGGAGAAGACCAAUCCAGGUUUGGUGACACUUCCAUUGCUUCCAUGUUCUCCUACACCAUCCACCAAAUUGGAAUUAACAAACAUUGAGGUUAUAGAUUUGAACACCAAAGCUGAGAUUCCACAAGAGAGGGAUCUUUUGCAGCAGCUUCAAAAACCAGCUUCUUCUGUCAUAGCCCCUCACCCAAUUCGCCCAAUUGGAUCUUUCAUAAGUGUUGGCUGCAUUAGCAAAGACUCAACAACAAUGUCAAAUGUUGCUCUAGCUCAAAAUCCCAAAAAGCCAGAGGAGCUUGAGGAAGAGGUUGAAUCUGAGGCAUUACCAGCUGUUAUAUCAGAUUCCAAAAACAGAGUGAGGGUGGCAAAUUCUGCAUACAAAGAGAUGGUGGGUCAGCCAGAAUGUCCUUGGCUUGAGUCCAUGGUUCAAUGUGCUUCAUCAUCAUGCAAGAGCAAGAGGAUCAGUGGGGAGGUAACUCUGCAUCUCUGUGAUUCCAGCAUUCCAAUUUCAUCAAAUGGGUUCUCUUGCUGGGUGAGGAUUGAGUGGCAAAGUGAACAGAGGAAAAGCUGUGUCAGUGCUUUCUGUGAUGUUGUGAAGCUGUGCUGUGAUUCAAGGGACUACCUCUUCACAUGGAGGUUCCAUACCAAGGAAGGUUCUCAAUCCAGCAAUGGCAAGGCUAGGAUUAUGAGUAGUAGUAAGUAG